AGAUGUCUGCUGCCAGCUGUCUGCUGACUGAAGAUCAGUUCCUGUGCUCCAUCUGUCUGGAUGUCUUCACUGAUCCUGUCACCUUAUCAUGUGGACACAACUUCUGUCAAAACUGCAUCACUGAACACUGGGAUGAUAAUGGCCGAUAUCGGUGCCCAAAAUGUAAUAAGAUGUUCUCCAGGCGACCUAAGCUGAAGAUCAACACUGUCCUCAAGAAGAUGUCUGCUCAGUUCAGACAGUCAGCUCAGCAGAAAUCCAGCAGCAGCAGCAGCUUAGACAGAGUAGUUUCCUUUCCAGGAGAAGUUCCCUGUGACGUCUGCACUGGAACCAAAGUGAAGGCCCUGAAGUCCUGCCUGGUGUGUCUGGUCUCUUACUGUGAGACUCACCUGGAGCCUCAUCUGACCGUGUCAGUUCUGAAGAGACAUCAGCUGAUGGACCCUGUGGAGAACCUGGAAGACAGGAUGUGUGAGAAGCACGACAAACUGCUGGAGCUGUUCUGUAAGAACGACCAGAGGUGUGUCUGCGUUCUGUGCUCAGUUACAGACCACAAGACUCAUGAUGUUGUUCCUCUGAGAGAAGAAUAUGAAGGAAAGAAGGCCGAGCUGGGGAAGACAGAGACUGAAAUUCAGCAGAUGAUCCAGAAGAGACGAGUGAAGAUUGAAGAGCUCAAACACUCAGUGGAGCUCAGUGAUGAGAACGCGGACAGAGAGAUAGCAGAAGGUGUUGGAGUCUUCACCAUUCUGUUAGAGACUGUGCAGAGAAAUCUCAAUGGGCUCAUUGAUUCAGUCAAAGAGAAGCAGGAAAAGACAAAGAAACAGGCUGAAGGCUUCAUCAGAGAGCUGGAACAGGAAAUCUCUGAGCUGGAGAAGAGAUGUGCUGAGGUGGAGAAGCUCUCACGCUCUGAAGACCACCUCCAACUCCUCCAGACCUUCACGUCUCUGAACUCUGCUCCACCCACCAAGGACUGGACUGAAGUCAGAGUCCAUCCACCUUCAUAUGAGGGGACUGUGGUGAGAGCUGUGAAGCAGCUGGAGGAGACCAUCAGUGAACAGAUGAAGAAGCUGAUCUGUGAGGUGGAGCUGAAGAGAGUCCAGCAGUAUGAGGUGGAUGUGACACUAGAUCCUGAUACAGCGAAUCCCUGGCUGAUCCUGUCUGAUGAUGGGAAACAAGUUUAUGAUGAUGAUGUGGAACAAGAUCUCCCAGACAAACCAGAGAGAUUUGAUCUGUAUUUUUAUGUCUUAUCCAAUCAGAGUUUCUCUUCAGGCAGAUUUUACUAUGAGGUUCAGGUUAAAGGGAAAACUGACUGGACUCUGGGAGUGGCCAGAGAGUCGAUCAACAGGAAGGGAGAAAUCAAACUCUCUCCUAAGAACGGUUUCUGGACGAUAUGGUUGAGGAAUGAAAACGAGUUCAAAGCUCUUGCUGGCCCACCAGUCUGUCUCUCUCUGCAGUCUGGUACUGAGAAGGUGGGGGUGUUUGUGGAUUAUGAGGAGGGUCGGGUCUCUUUUUAUGACGUUGAUGCUGCAGCUCUGAUCUACUCCUUUACUGGCUGCUCCUUCACUGAGAAAAUCUACCUAGUAUUUGGUCCUGGUUCAAAUGAUGAUGGUAAAAACUCUGCUCCUCUGAUCAUCUCUCCUGUUGGUCACACUAAGUAG